CUGAUGAGGAAAAUUUUACCCUCAUCUCAAAGGAAGAAAGAAGCAAAAUUCCCCAUUUCCCCCCUGCCUUUCCCUCUCUCUGUGUGAAUUUGGCGAGAAUGGAUCGAACUCAGCUUCUUCUGGUGGGUUUACCCCUUUUUCUGUUCAUAUCCGAUCUCUUCCAAUUAUUUACUCCUCCCCCUCAAAAACCCACUUCCGAUCACCACCAUCAUCACCACCACCAGCAGCCGCCAGUGAUCCAACAACCUCAGACUCUUGAAUUCCCUACUCAGAAAACUGGUGGUAUUGGUGCAGUUGGUAUUGGUAACACCGUCAGCAUUGAUUUCUGCUCUUCUUGUUCUUACAGAGGGACAGCUGUGACAAUGAAAAACAUGUUGGAUAAUCAGUUUCCUGGUAUCCAUGUCGUCCUUGCUAACUAUCCUCCUCCACUUCCAAAACGUUUGUUGGGCAAAGUAGUACCUGUUUUCCAAUUUGGAGUCAUUGGCCUUGUAAUGGCUGGUGAACAAAUAUUUCCUAGGUUGGGAUUUGCGGUACCACCUCCAUGGUUCUAUCAGUUGCGUGCAAACAGAUUUGGGACUAUGGCAACCACUUGGCUCCUGGGAAAUUUCUUUCAGUCCAUGCUGCAAAGUUCUGGUGCUUUUGAAGUGUAUUGUAAUGGUGAACUGGUUUUCUCUAAACUGAAAGAGAAUAGGUUUCCUGGCGAACUUGAGUUGAAAGAUCUAGUUGCCAGAAGGAUUACUAACUCAGGGGUGGUGGAUGGCCUUGGUGCAUCUUCCUGGUCGUAGAUGUGGAGAUUUCACGAGAUCAAUAGUUCCACAUUGAUUUAGAUUUAAUAUUGUGGGCUGUGUCCUUCCAGUAGCGAUAGACAUACAUGCAAUGAAAAGAUCGAACAUCAUCUUCUUCAGAAAUUGUUGAUUUGCAGUAAAUGAUUUUUGGGACUGGUUAUCGAA